AUGGGGGCGCUGGGGCUGGAGUGCCGGGGUAGGCGGCCCCAGGGGAAGGGAUGCCUCCUCCUGGCUGUCGCAGGAGCCGCUUCCCUGGUGACCCUCCUGCUGGCUGUGCCUAUCACUGUUCUGGCUGUGCUGGCCUUGGUGCCCCAGGAGCAGGGCGGACUGGUAACAGGGACGGCUGACCCAGGCGCCCAAGCACAGGCCCAUCAGCGAUUUGGAAUCCAGGUGCCCCAUCCCUGGGCCCUGGCGCCUUGUCCUCUCAAGGUGACUACACGUGGGUGGCUGCCCUGCCCCCAACCGUGGACUCUUCGCCCCUUCCAGAGUCCCGGGAGUUGCCGGUGGAGGAGGAGGCAGAAACAGAUCUCAGCCCCAGGCUCCCGGCUGCCCACCUCAUUGAGAGAGCGCCAUGACCCCGCUCCCCCAGCCCGGCUGGACUCCUGCAGUGGGUUAAAAGCCCCAACUGUCCCUCAGGCCCACCCUCCCAGAAGUCCCAGGCCUGGAUCGCUCCUUUCAGGAUCGGAUUUCCGAGAGCCAACUGGCCCGUUUCUCCGCAGGCGCUUGGACCACGGGGCAGGGGCUAGGCUGGGAGGCGAAGAAAGAAGAGGCGUUUCUGAGGAGCGGGACGCAGUUCUCGGGCGCCGAGGGGCUGGCCCUCCCGCAGGAUGGCCUCUAUUACCUCUACUGUCACGUCGGCUACCGGGGCCGGGCGCCCCCUCCCGGCGGGGACCCCCUGGACCGCUCCGUCACGCUGCUCAGUCGGCUGUACCGGGCGGGGGGCGCCUAUGGAUCGGGGAGUCCCGAGCUACUGCUCGAGGGCGCGGAGACCGUGAGCCCGGUCUUGGACCCCGCCCAGAGGCACGAGUACGGGCCUCUCUGGUACACGAGCGUGGGGUUCGGCGGCCUGGUGCAGCUCCGGAGGGGCGAGAGGGUGUACGUCAAUAUCAGUCACCCCGAUAUGGUGGACUACAGGAGAGGAAAGACCUUCUUUGGGGCGGUGAUGGUGGGGUGAGGGCUACCCACGUCCCUAAAACGACUACUGCAUGGUGGGAGUAUGUGAACGAAUCAGCCUAGAUAUUGGGGACCCAGACACCAGGGACCCCAUGGCCGUGGCGAAAAUGGAGAAGACUGUUUGGAAACUGAUUUUGAGCCUGGUGAAAAUAAAGAAGGUAAAGCUUUAGUGCUGCCGGUACA